AUGAAGGCACUUAUUCUUGUCGGUGGUUUCGGUACCCGCUUGCGGCCUCUGACCCUUACUCUCCCGAAGCCCCUCGUGGAGUUCGGUAACCGUCCUAUGAUCCUGCACCAAGUCGAGAGUCUCGCUGCUGCUGGUGUGACCGACAUUGUCCUCGCUGUCAACUACCGCCCAGAUGUCAUGGUCUCAGCGCUGAAGAAGUACGAAGAGCAAUACAAUGUCAAGAUUGAAUUCUCCGUCGAGUCCGAACCGCUCGGAACUGCUGGUCCGUUGAAACUGGCAGAGAAGAUCUUAGGCAAAGACGACUCUCCUUUCUUUGUCCUCAACUCCGAUGUCAUUUGCGACUAUCCCUUCAAGCAACUAGCCGAUUUCCACAAGGCGCACGGCGACGAGGGCACAAUCGUUGUCACCAAGGUGGAUGAGCCCUCGAAAUACGGAGUGGUCGUCCACAAGCCCAACCACCCCUCUCGCAUUGACCGAUUCGUUGAGAAGCCUGUCGAGUUUGUGGGUAAUCGCAUCAACGCAGGUAUCUAUAUCCUGAACCCCAGCGUGUUGAAGCGCAUCGAAUUACGCCCAACCUCGAUCGAACAAGAAACAUUCCCUGCUGUCUGCAAAGAUGGCCAACUACACUCGUUUGACCUGGAGGGAUUCUGGAUGGACGUCGGUCAACCCAAGGAUUUCCUUACCGGCACCUGCCUUUACCUCACAUCGCUGACGAAGCGCAAUUCGAAACUACUUGCCGCCAGUUCAGAGCCUUACGUAUACGGUGGGAAUGUCAUGGUUGACCCGUCUGCGAAGAUUGGAAAGAACUGCCGCAUCGGCCCCAACGUCGUCAUUGGCCCAAAUGUCGUGAUUGGUGACGGUGUUCGUCUGCAGCGCUGCGUGCUGAUGGAGAACACCAAGGUCAAGGACCACGCCUGGAUCAAGUCCACCAUUGUUGGAUGGAACAGCUCCGUUGGCCGAUGGGCUCGCUUGGAGAAUGUAACCGUGCUCGGAGACGAUGUGACAAUCGCUGACGAGGUUUACGUCAAUGGUGGAUCCAUCUUGCCGCAUAAGAGCAUCAAGCAGAACGUUGAUGUCCCUGCGAUUAUCAUGUAA